AUGGUCGCGGAGAUCGCGGGGGAGCUGUGCAAAGUCAAGAGAGAAGAGGGCGAUCACGAGCAAGCGGGGCAGCUCGCGGCGCACGCCGUGAGCGUCUGGGAAGCCGCGGAAGCGGCCGGGUACGAAGAAGCCGACGUCACGACGCUCGUCGAGGCGCUCGUUAGGCUGUCCGACGUGUGCGAGGAACUAAACCGCGGCUCCCCCGCGGAGGCGGCGCUCGAACGCGCGCUCGAGAGGCUCGAGUACAUGCUCGGCCCGGACCACCCGGAAGUCGCGCAACACUUGGGGAAGAUGGCGGCGUCGUAUAAAGCGCACGGGGAAUGGGAGAAGAGCGAGUUUUGCUACCAGCGCGCGCUGGAUUUCGCGCACAGGUUCACCGGUCCGCAGUCGCUGCACAUAUCGCACUUUUACAACGCGCUGGCGGAGCUGCACCGCGCGCGCGGGGACCUCCCGCACGCGCAGGCGUUGUAUCAGAGAGCGUUGCUCGUGAUCGAAUCCGUGCUCGGGACGUCGCACCCGGAGGUGGCGACGUAUCUGAACAACCUCGCGGAGUUACUCCGAGUCCAAGGUAGGCUCCAAGAGGCGGAGCCGAUGUACAAGCGCGCGCUCGCGAUCGACGAGUCCGCGCAAGGCGUGACGCAUCCGAUCAUCGCGAUUCGAUUAAACAACCUCGCGGAACUGUUCCGCGAUCAACGCCGGUUACAAGAGGCGGAGCCUCUGUAUCAACGCGCGCUCGCGAUCGACAUGGCCGCGCUCGGGAGCACGCAUCCGAACAUCGCGACGUACCUGAACAACCUCGCGGGUCUGUAUAAAGCGAAGGAGAUGUGGGACCACGCGAUCGAGCACUACGAGCGCGCGAUCGCCAUCGACGAAGCCGCGCUCGGGGCGGACCACCCAGACGUCGCGAUUUACCUCAACAACCUCGCGGGACUGUACAAAGCGCGCGGGGAGUUGGAUAAAGCCGAGCCGCUGUACUUGCGCGCGCUGCGCAUCAACGAAGACGCGCUCGGGGCGGACCACACGGACAUGGCGAUUUAUUUCAACAACCUCGCGCUGCUCUACAAGGCGCAAGGGAAGCUCCAGGACGCGCGGUUGUAUUACGAGCAAGCGAUCGAGAUUGGGAAGAAGACGCUCGGGCCGGAGCACCCGCAGCUCGCGACGCGGAUGAGCAACCUCGGCGCGCUGCUCGUGGACGUCGGGGAUUUAGACGAAGCGCACAUCCUGUUCAGCGCGGCGUUGGAGAUUCGCGAGAAAGCCCUGGGAGAAGCGCAU